AUGAUGCUAACAGCUAUUAAUACAUCAACAAAAGUGAUGAAACCUAUUAUGCCACCCACUAUUGCACCUGUUUUGAAUGAUGUGGAUGUUGGUGAAGGUAAAAAGGUACCUGUAGUUCCAUUUAUAAAGUUUGUUAAUUAUAAAUCUUUCAAACAUUUGGAUUUUUAA